AUGAAACUCUUCUCCUCCCACCACUGCUUCAACUACGCCUGGGACCAAGUCACAGCCGCAAACUGGCAGAAGUACCCCAACAAGCUCUCCACCCACGUCGUCUCUGUCGACAUUUUGGACCGUACCAUCGACGUGGAGCGCAAAACCCUUCGCACGGAGCGGUUGAUUGGCUGCAAGCAGGCCAUUCCCUCCUGGUUGGCGUGUCUCGUGGGCUCCCAGCAGUACAGCUACGUCCGGGAGGUCAGCGAGGUCGACUUGAUCAACAAGACGUUGGUGUUGAAGUCGUCCAACUUAACCAUGAACCACUUGUUGCUCGUCAACGAGACGGUGGUGUAUGCGCCAGACGCCCUGCUGCCAGCCACCAGGACCACCUUCAGCCAGAACGCCGAGUUCACAGCGUACGCCACGUUCUCGCGGGUGUGUGACAAGCUCGAGGACUGGCUGGUGGAACGGUUUGGCCAGAAUGCCAGCACUGGUAAGGAUGCGUUUGAAAGCGUGUUGCAAACAUUGACCCAGAAGUGGCAGGAGAGCGGUACGUUUGUCAGCGAGGUGGGUACCACCAUUGGCGACAAGACGUCGGAGGUGUUGCACGAGGUAGGGCGUUUGGGCAAGGUUUUCAACUAG